AUGUCAAUGCGCCACUCGCGCUCCGAGAACUUUACAACAAGAAUGCCCAGCUCAUCAAGCACCUACUCGAGCAGCUUUGAAAAGCACAGCUUCAACCUCGCUCGUACCGACAGUGCCCAAAGAUCCAUCUCGGGGAGGAGCAGCUUCUCUGGACCGUCUGUGCCAUUUCAACUGACCACACAUGAGCGCCUCAUCCUCGCUAGGCAAAACCUCGGCACACCACACGCCAUCGUCCACGCCAUUCGCUAUCCCCUUGCCCAGCUGCCAUCCCGCGAGUUCCUCGAGAUCCGCGUCAGUGACCUCCAGUUCCGGCUACCCCGGCUCAACGUCUGUGUCGCCGGUGCCCAAACCAACCAGCCCCGCUUUGAGAACGGCGCACCAUGGGCCGCAAAGGAAAUUGUGCAGGAGGGUCUCUUCUCGUCCAACGUCUACAACGACCUGGAUGCCGAAAUGGCCGAAAUCCUCCAGUUCCAGGAGCAAGCGUUUGCCGCGCAGGACUUUGACCACUCGCCCAUGUUCCGGGUUUCGAUCCUCACCUCUCCCAACUGCGAGUACGGCUACUUUGUCCCCUGCUUCAACCAUCUGAUGGUCGAUGGCCGCGGUUCCCUCCGUCUGGUUCAUCUCCUCACCGCCCAUGGUGUCAACGUCCCCAUUGAGACCUUUGAGAAACCCGCUCGUCUCGACGACACACUCGAGCUCAAGCCCGACGCACGAUACCUCGCGCCGAUCGCGUUCCGCGAGCUCAUCGUACCAAAGCUACCCAAGUCACUCCAGAAAAAGUGGAAGGCCAAGGACCCCUGGCCGGGAGAGCGCAUCAACAGCCACCCAGCCGACUCGCCUUCCUCAUUAUCCUUUGCCCGUGUAAGCCUCGAGGUCGUCGAGGCCUGUAAGCGUGCUGGUAAGGCUCGCGGCGUUAGAACCUUCCACCCAAUCCUCAAGAUGGCUUACAUGGCCGCCCUGUGGCGUGUCUUUGGUCCCGGCUCGUCAGGUUCCGGCAACUCUCUCCGCCUCGUCUGCCUUACUAGUCGCGACGAGCGGCGCCCUCGCGCCGGCCACUCGGCCAUCACGGGCUGCUACGUCACCAACCCAGAGUAUUACACCAAGGUGUCAGGCGAACAGAAAUUCUGGAGUGUCACACGCACCAUGGGCAACUGGCUGUGUGACCGUGGCGUCUUCACGGGACGCUACAACAACGGCGUCCUAAACGAGAUCCCAGGCGGCCUUACCCCUAUGGACCCGAAUUAUGACACCGCCAGGCCGACCGGGUGGGAGCAGUACUUUGGGGAGCGUCUGGAUGCUGCAGCGCCUUUCCGUAACUCGAUCGGCAUUCACAAUCUCGGUAUUGCAGCACUGCCACAUGGCGCAGAGGACCACGCGUGGAGCCAGACCGCGUCGCCGUUCGCGCCCGUGUGGAACAUCAAUGUCAUCUCGCACGAGGGCGGUCUGCGCCUCUCGGCCGUGUUCCGCGACGGAAGCGCUGCUACCAAGGCCCAGACCGACGCGCUGCUGCACAUCCUCCAGGUCGUUCUUGAGCGCAUUGCAUUCGACGAGUCGGACACGACAAUCGAUCGGUUGACGGGCUAG